AUGCUCUUCCCCUCGACCUUUAUCCCGGCUGCCCUGCUCUUCCUCGGUGCCGCAGUUGUCUCUGCCAGACCUGUCUCCGAGGUGGCCACAGAGAGCAGCGCCGCCGCACCAGAGAGUUACGCCGUCAGCGCCAUUCUGCGCUACCGCCAGAAGGAAAAGAGGGACGUCGAGGACCUGGUCGUCCGUGUAGCAGAGUAA